GACGUCGUAUCAAAACACGGAAGUGGAUCGUGAACGUGCUAACACGUGUUGAACAUGUUGUUGUAGAUAAUGUAAUUUAGUAAACUGCGAAACAACUGUCAGAAAGCAGUCUCUGCCCGACGACCUCUCGGAACCUGGACCAUCUGAGAUCAAUACCUGACGUGAAGCAGCUCUAGAGAGAGACACAGUCUGUGUGUGUACAAGUCUACUAGGAGCUCGGAGCUGCUGCAGACUGUUACAGCGUCCCAGCUGGUUACCUGAGAGGUGGACAUGUCCCACACUCAUCAUCCCACACCUGUGUACUCCCACGCUGGACGAGGACACUUCCGAGACGUCUACGAGCCGUCGGAGGACUCGUUUCUGUUGAUUGACGCCCUGGAGAGAGACGCAGAGAGGCUGCAGCUGAUCAGCCCCUGUGUGUGUUUGGAGGUUGGCAGUGGCUCAGGAGUGGUGUCAGCUUUUCUGGCAUCAGUGCUUGGACCUUCAGCUCUAUAUCUUUGCACAGAUGUGAAUCCUGCAGCAGCAGAGUGCACAGCAAAGACAGCUUCCUGUAACAAUGUUUCACUGCAGCCUGUCCUCACAUCCCUGGUGGAGACUCUUCUGCCCCGUUUAAGUGAGAAAGUGGACGUCCUCCUCUUCAACCCUCCCUACGUGGUGACACCUUCAGAAGAGGUGGGCGGUACAGGUAUAGAAGCUGCCUGGGCCGGCGGAAAGCGAGGGCGAGAGGUGACCGACAGAUUUCUACCUGUGGUAGCACAGUUGCUCUCCAGUAAAGGGUUAUUCUACCUCAUUACCAUUGCUGAGAACGAUCCAGAGGAGAUCAUCCGUUUGCUGGGCGAAUGUGGUCUGAGCGGAGAGUCAUGCUUGUCGACAAGAGCUAGAAAUGAGAGGCUGUCCGUCCUGCGCUUCCAUAGGAGCUAACGAACAUGGAACUGUCGCUUAUUAAUCCGCUGAAAGGAUUACAGGAACUGAUGAGAAGAAAUAAUAUUUUUACCUGAUGGGACGCAGUAUUGUCUGCAAGGAAGGACAAAUGUUCUGAUUAAAUCUCAACAGAACGAAAACAUUUUCUUCAAGAAAUUGGCUGGAUGAAAGGACUAAAGGUGGCUCUGGUGUACUGGUACAUUUGUAAAAAUAAAUAAAUGCCACACAAAAUGAAUCCUUGCAUUCACCCAGGCAGGUUUAAUAAUGACAUAACAGUGUCAGCAUUCAAAAAUACAUAAUUAUACUAACAUCCAGACAGCAUUACAAAUAGGACAUUUUUUUAUUAUUAUUUAGAUUCCAGUGCAACCAACAUGUUUUAAAAGGUACCAUUGAAAUGUAAUGCAGUUUCAAGUAUGAUGCUGUGAACGGAU